AUGCAGGAAAGACCUCAAUUAAUAUUAUCCACCGAGGAAAAUAUGGAUGACUAUAAGGAACCGAAUUUGGAGGAAAGUGUAGAAUUUGUGGAAAUUAAACAUGAUUUUUGUGAUUCUCAACCUCAGAGACAUAGUCUGCCUGAAAGUUUGAGUUAAAACAUUUUGACUUAAAUUCAAGAGUUUCAUGAGUUCUUACCUCAUCAAGAGAUGUAAACCAAGGAAUCAGAAGUUAAGAAAAUAGAAAAUAGAAAAUUUACAAUUAGAGUUUAUUAUUUCGUAAAAAGAUUCCUCACCAAACUAUCAGUAAGUAGAAGACAUAAAUUAUUCUUUAAAAGCAUCCAUUUUUAAAUUGUUGGAGAUAAGGCAAGUGGGGAAUUAGAGAAAUUGGGGUAGAUUAAAAAGAAGGAUCGAAGUAGAAAGAGUCAUUAAAAAUCAAUCUCAUGCUAUAAUCCUUUGACUGGUCUAUUGAAAAUGCUACCUAUAAUUUAUCCUCAAUCAGUAUCCAAAAUUAUUUGGGAUCUCUGCUUGUGUAUAGUAUUAAUUUACUUUUUUAUAAUGAUUCCAUUAGAAUUGGCUUUCAAUAAUUCGAUUAUGUAUUUCUAAUCUAUUUGGUUAACUGUUCCAUUUUAUUUAUUUCUCAUUAUCGAUUACCUAAUGAAAAUGAACACAGUCUACUAUGAAUACGGAUAACCUAUCAUAGAUAGAUCAUUAAUUUUCAAUAAUUAUUUAAAAUAAGGCUUAUUAAUCGAUGGUAUUUCAUUAAUAGUUUUAUUGUGUGCCUUUUUUAAUGACUACUUCAUUCGAAAUCGCUGGCUCAACCUUUCACUAAUACUCUUCAUCACUUAAUAUCAUUACUUUGCUAAUGUAGUUCGGAAUAUGGAGGAAUCCAUUCAUUUAAGCAAAACUCAAUCAUCAAUUGUCAAUCUAGCCAAAUUAAUUUUCACAAUUCUUUAUUUUCUACAUAUUUUUAGUUGUCUGUGGUAUUAUAUAGGUUCGUAUGCCAAUGAAAUAGGAAUGGUUAAUUGGUUGGACAAUCGUCAUCUAUCGGAAGCCCCUUAUGAAACACAAUAUUUAGAGGCUUUCUAUUUUUCGACAGUAACAAUGAUUAGUGUGGGAUACGGAGACAUAGUGCCUUUAAAUGCCUUGGAGAAGAUUUGUACAAUCAUUUUUAUGUUCACUACCUGUGUGUAAUUGUCGUUCAGUGUUAAUACAGUGGGAGAGAUAUUAAAUUCGAUUAGUUUGUCAACUGAAAAUACGACUGAAAAGAUUCGGAUCAUUAAUAAAUUCAUGAAUAGAAAGAAAAUCAGCUUUGAAUUGCAAUAUUAAAUAAGGGAAUACAUUAAAAUAUAUUGGAGUCAACAAUUGCAAUAAGAAAAUGAAGAGGAGGAAAAAUUAAUUACUUCCUUAUCGGAGAAUCUAAAGAAUAAAUUGAUACACGAGGCUAAUUUCUCAAUCAUUGAGAAGUGCGAUUUAUUUUAACAAACCUUUUCUGUUGAUACCAAAUAAAAAUUAAUCAAAUUGUUCAAAACAGUACUCAUAACUCCAGAAUAGACCAUUACCUGUGAAUUACCAGAGUAUAAUGAACCUUGCUUAUGUUUUAUUGAUUAAGGAACAUUAAAUAUUUGUGCUAAUAUUACGGAUCGCUCUGAAAGUAUAACUUAUUCUCAAGGGUAAUUCAUCGGAUUGGAAGAGAUGCUUACUGGUUAAUAGCCCUAAUUACAAUUGCAAUCUUUGUCAUUUGUUAAACUACUAGUUCUAACAAGAACUGAUUUUCUUAAUACAUUAAAGGAUAAUCCACAAGAUUACGAAUCCUUUUGUUAAAUGAAAGAUGAAAUACUUCUACACCAAAGAGAUUCAAAAGCCCAAUGUAAAUCUUGCAAUUGCAUGGGUCAUGAUAUUUAAAAUUGUCCUAUUGUUCAUUUCGUAAUUGAUAAAGAAAGAGUCAUCAAAUCGUAUUAAUUUUAAUCAGAACAAACACGAGUUCCAGGUUUGAGAAAUCGAAGUCGUAUAAGAAAUCAAUUUAAUGCCAUAUUUGAUUAAUGGUUUCUACAGGAAAUUGCAUCUAUGAUGAAGAAUCAAGAAGACUUGCCAAUUGUGUAAUUUUAUGGCAUUUAAUAUGUGGAAGAUUCAGAAAUCAAACCACCACAGUAAUAAGUAUAAUAGUCUAAGAAUUCGAUAACUACUAAUGAUCGUGAUCGUGGAUCUGUUUGUUAUGUAGAUUAAAUUAUUCAAAAUCCAGUCACUUUUUCGCCUGCUAAAUCCUUUGAUCAUUCUAUUUUUCAUCCUUAGAGUAAGGUAUAGCGGAAAAAUUAUCCUAGGUAAAGUAUUAGAAUAAAAAACACAGUGAUUAAGAUUAAAUUCUAAAAAAUAAUUAGGAAGGUUAUGAAAAUGCAAAAUUAUUCAAAAGCAUUCUCUAGAUAAAAUAAUAGAGAAUCAGACCAUAUGUUUCAUAAAAACAUUAAAUUUAUUGUAGAUAAUUAUUUUAAGACUAAUUCUUUGAAGGAUUAUCUAAAUAAAGUUGAGUAUGAAAAUCUGUAUUUUCUCAGAAUGAAAUGCGAUUUAAUUUAAUUCUCAGAACUAGUUUUAUCAAAGCCAUUUGAGAUAUAAAAGGAAUAUUAAUUAUAUUAAGUGCAUAAUAAUUUAUCGCAUGUAAUUAAGAAAACAGAUUUAUAUUUAGAGUAAUAAAGAAUUAGAAUAAUGUCAAAAUAAGAAACGCCAAAAAAUGAUAAAUUAAUACAUUUGAGUUAAGAGGAAAGAAAAAUGGUCUUGAGGGACAGCCUUAUGAGGUAUGUUUCCUUUCCGAACGUAUACUUUGAAAAGUACUACGAAAAGAAGGAACAAAAUGAAAUUCCUUAAUCAAUUGGACAGAACAAAGCAAGAGCCUUAUUCAAAGCCUACAAGAAAAAACAAUUAAUGAGGCAGAAUGCAUUUCUUAUACCUUCAAAUCAAAGGAAUGAUAGCAAAGGGCUGAAGUCGUCUUUAUCUGUAGGAAUCAAUGUAAUAGUACCUGAAAAUUGA